UGUCAGUCACACACUUCUCCCUUAUCUACCCUAUAGUUUUGUUUAUUAAAAUCUUAAAUGUAAUGUUUCUUUUGUAAAUAUCGUAAAAUAUUCACGUUUAAUAAAAAGAUUACCACUGCCAUUGAAAGAUAUUUUUAUUAUUGUGAUUAUCAUAAAAUGGAAUCCGAAUUAGCUAAUUCAGAACAGCAGCCAGAAUCACAAACACAGGAUUCUGCAGCGAUAAAUAAAACAGUGCCAGAUACCUCUGCUGCUGCCCCACCUAUAUCCACCUUAACUACUGAGACUAGCACUAUGGUGACAUCUGGAGUUGUAAAGGACCUUCAGAAACCAUCUCCAAGAAAGCCUAAGAAACGAAAACCCAAAGUACCUCGUGAUGUUACAGCACCUAGACAACCACUAACAGGAUAUGUGAGAUACUUAAAUGAGCGUCGUGAUCAGUUACGCGCUGAGCAGCCUGACUUGGGGUUUGCUGAGUUGACUAGACAGCUGGCUAGUGAAUGGAGUAAAUUGCCUGCUGAAGAAAAACAACAAUAUUUGGAUGCAGCUGAUCAAGAUAAAGAAAGGUAUAUUCGUGAGUGGGCAGAGUACAAGAAAACUGAUGCAUAUAAAGAAUUUAAACGUCAACAAAUGGAACAUAAAGAAACAAGUAUAGCAUGCAAGAAAAUAAAGCAGAGUUCUGUGCAAGAUACCACAACAGCCAUGCCAAGUGCUCAACAGUCUACUGAACAAAGUGUUGCUACCAUUAAUGGCUCCACAGUGCCAGUGACCCCACAGGUGCAACGACAACAAACUCCACCUCGGCCUAGACCCUGCAUAACACCAGCUUCUGAAGAACUUGCUGGUGGAGAUACAGACAUACCCAUAUUCACAGAUCAAUUUUUGCAACAUAAUAAGUUAAGGGAAUCUGAACUGAGGCAAUUAAGAAAGGCCAAUUCUGACUAUGAGCAACAGAAUGCGAUUCUACAAAGACAUGCAGAAGAAGUGAGUGGAGCGACAACGAGACUUCGAGCUGAAACUGCGGCAGCAGUUGAGCGGACCGCUGCAUUGUUAGCACAUCGGCGGGCACUGAUUGCUGCCUUAGUUCAGGGACUGCAAUCACUCGCUUUACCAGGUGGUCCAACAGGAGCAACAGAAGCUAACAUAGAUGAAUUCAUGGAAAAGUUACAGUUGCUGGCAGCAGACAAUAAAAACAAUGCAGUAGUUAAGCAAGCUCGAGAUAUACUCAAUAGAAUUGAAUUGCCUAUUAAUUAGAUCUGUAAUUUUAAUAUGAAAUAAA